UGACGUGUGGCAUAAAAAGCAGGCCACAAAUCACAAUUUCCUGGUAGAGGAGCGCAAUAUUGACGUGUUUUCAAAACUUUCUUAAAUUUAUGUAUUUGACAAGUAAUAAUAAUUGAUAAUUCUUGCAUUUGCGAUGUUGACUGCAGUAUUGGUAUGUUUUGCUCUGAUAUGGAGAGUAGUGGAGCCUGGAGUGGUUCAAGGAAAAAGAGCCUCGUGUACGCCUCCCAUUUCACAUGACGGCACCUGUAGUUGUGAAAAUGAUGUAGUCACGUGUACUGGACAAUCGCUUGUACCGACCUUCAGCACCGUGUAUCAUUAUCAAAAAGUUUCCAUCGUCAACGGCAACUUCAGAAAUGCAAUUAGGUCUGGAGAUCCCUUCGCUAACCUGCGGACAGACGAAUUGGUUCUACAUAACAUGACAAUUUUAGCGAUUGCUCCGCACGCUUUUCUACCAUUGAAAUCCAUGCUGAAGAAGUUGGAUCUCUCCAACAAUUUUCUCACAGUGCUUCCCUCUGCCCUUCAUGACCUUGACGUGCUAGAGUCCCUUGAUAUUUCUGAAAACUCUAUUGGUAACAGGAACUUUACUGAAGAGGUUUUGAGAAAAAUUGGAGCCACCCUGAAGUCACUGACCUUUGGUAGUUAUGACAUUCAACAAUGGCCAGUUACUCUUAAACACCUCCAGAUGCUCCAAAAUCUGAAUGUGACAAAAGCAGCCUUCCAGUUCAUGCCCCAGGACGCUUUUUACGGAUUUUCUGGGACCCUCCUAACCUUAAGUCUAGGUACAACAGGACUCACCUCGGUACCUCUAGCUGUAGCUCAGCUGAGAUAUUUGCAGACAUUUAAUUUCGAUCACAAUAUCAAUGUUGGGGAUUAUGGCAUGAACGUCCCAUUGAUUCGUGGUAGGAUGCCAUAUCUGACAAAUAUUUCUUUGCAACAGGACAGUUUAAAAACUUUCCCAUCAGCCCUAUCUGCAUUCGAAAACCUAAAGUCUGUGAGCAUGGAUCUUAAUACCCUGGACUUCGUCAGUGAUCAUGCCGCUAAUUCUGUUAGACAAAUUGAAAACCUAAGCAUGCGCAAUUCUAACAUUUCCCGUAUUCCACAGGCCCUUGCGGAUAUUACAUCGCUAAAAUCUCUUGACUUAUCAGACAACCGUAUACACAGCAUCGAUGCCAAAGACGUUAAAAUUUUGCAUUCAGUGAAAGAAAUCAAAUUGAACAACAAUCCUAUCCUCUACAUCUCAAAUCACGCUUUUGAUAGUAAUGGAAAUUUGGAGCGAUUAGAACUGAGAAAUACGCAUUUGAAGGAGGUUCCAUGUGCUCUGAAAUACGCCAUCGAGAACUUGACGCGAGUAAAACACAAUUUUCCCCUAACUGUCGACAUUUCCAACAAUGAAAUCGCGUGUACAUGCGAGCUAAAGUGGCUCGCUGAUACUCUCAGUACACAUCAAGCCAACAUUUCAUGGAAUAUAAUUGGAAACUGUGAAACAAUUGUUAUGAGUAUCAAUGAUUACCUGAAUUCUGAAAGUCUUCGGGAUUGUCCUACAUCUAAUAUUUGUUAAUGGAGCAAUAAAAAAUCAUUUCAUUU